AAGCCCCGGAAGUACUUGUUGCGGGAGCGGCAUGGUUUGGAAGGGAGGGUCGGAGGUCACGGGGGCAGUAGGCGUUCCUGCCGCCGGCCUAGUCGCUAUGUAGUGGAGGGGCAGGCUCCCUCCUGGAUUUUCUGGAAGGGUCUUGGGCUCCACAAGGGCAAUAGUCCCUGGACUUCUAGUCGCCUGCCAGCUGAGCGGAGCCGCCGCCGCCAUGUUUGGCUGCUUGGUGGCUGGGAGGCUGGUACAAACAGCAGCACAGCAAGUGGCAGAGGAUAAGUUUGUUUUUGACUUGCCUGAUUAUGAAAAUAUCAACCGUGUAGUGGUUUUUAUGCUGGGAACCAUCCCAUUUCCUGAGGGGAUGGGAGGAUCUGUCUACUUUUCCUAUCCUGAUUCAAAUGGAAUGCCAGUAUGGCAACUCCUAGGAUUUGUCACAAAUGGAAAACCAAGUGCCAUCUUCAAAAUUUCAGGUCUAAAAUCUGGAGAAGGAAGCCAGCACCCUUUUGGAGCCAUGAAUAUUGUAAGAACUCCAUCGGUUGCUCAGAUUGGAAUUUCAGUAGAAUUACUGGACAGCCUGGCUCAGCAAACACCUGUAGGCAAUGCUGCUGUAUCCUCAGUUGACUCAUUCACUCAGUUCACACAAAAGAUGCUGGACAACUUCUACAAUUUUGCUUCAUCAUUUGCUGUUUCUCAGGCUCAGAUGACACCAAGUCCAUCUGAAAUGUUCAUUCCGGCAAAUGUGGUUCUGAAAUGGUAUGAAAACUUUCAAAGACGACUAGCACAGAACCCUCUCUUUUGGAAAACAUAAUUUGAAUAAAAUAAUUUUUAAUGGAUUCUGAAAUUUGUCGUGUUUUGAAGAUAAAUGACUCCAUGUAAAGUACAAAGUCAGAUGGAUCGUGAAGCUUAAGUUUAAAGAUUAAAAUCUUUAUGAAAAAUUUAAAAUACUGAAUAAUGAAAAUAUGUUCCUUAUUAGCAACUUUUUCUCCCUUAAGCAUAAAAUAUUAUGCAGAAGCAUAAUAUUUUCUUUUGAAUAUGAUUCAUUUUUUACUUAGUGUAUUAUAUACAACAUUUUUACAGUAAAAGUAUGCCAAGUA